CAUAAGCAAAAAGCAAAAGUUGUGUUUUAAAAUAAAAAUUAAAUAUUAAAUUAAAAACAGUAGAACUUUUUAUAAAAUUAUAUUAAAAUUAAAUAUUUAGAAAACUAAAGCUAAUAUUUUCAUAAACUAUUGCAAAUAAUUUUAUUAACUAAAAUAUAUUCUAUAAGUGAAAUCAAUAAACUAUUAAAAGCACAUUCAACACAAGUUUUAGAGAGGACAAGCGUAUAGCGUUAUUCAUUAUAUAUUUUAUAUAUUUAUAUCUGACAUUAACACCAGAAAAUUAAACGCAAAAAUUGAUCAAAUAAAGAGAGAAAACAUGAAUGGUAAAUCUAAAACUCCAACUGUGCCUUUUGAUGCACAAGCAAGAGAAAAACUUGCAUUAUAUGUCUAUGAAUAUCUACUACAUGUUGGAGCUCAAAAAGCAGCACAAACAUUUCUAUCAGAAAUAAGAUGGGAAAAAAAUAUCACUCUUGGUGAGCCACCUGGAUUUUUACAUACGUGGUGGUGUGUUUUCUGGGAUUUAUAUUGUGCAGCUCCAGAAAGACGCGAUACUUGUGAUCACUCUACAGAAGCGAAAGCGUUUCAUGAUUAUGGUUUUGUUAAUCCUGUUGGACACACUAAUUUCAAUGAAAUGGGUGCUCAUCCUUUCCCCAGUGGUCCGCGAUAUCCAUCUGGACCAAGACCAGGUGUAAGGAUGCCCCAAGGAAUGGGAGGAGAUUUUAAUGGACCGCCAGGUCCACAGCAAAUUAUGCCGAGUAAUAUGGAUUCUAUAAGGCAAGGUGGUCCUCCAGGUAUGGGUCCAAUGAACCCAAGAAUGAAUCCGCCGCGUGUACCAGGAAUGGGUCCUAUGGGUCCAGGUUAUGGACCAGGAGGAAUGCGCGGUCCACCUCCAAAUAAUAAUUUAGGGCCAGGACCGUCUAUGCCGCCUGGUAUGGGUAUGGGUGGAAGUAGGCCGCAGUGGCAGCCAAAUUCAUCGACACCAAUGAAUUAUUCAUCACCAUCACCUGGAGGCCCUCAAAACUACGGAGGUCCUCAAAAUUCUAACGGUCCACCAGGACAGGGAUCGAAUAUUAUGCAAUCACCUCAAGAUUCUUCAAACCACGGUGGCGAUAAUAUGUAUCCAAUGAUGAAGCAAGGUGGUAAUAUGGGCGGUGGUGACUUUUCAAUGGGAGGUGGUCCAGAUGGUGGUCCUAUGGUGCAUAUGGGACCAAACUCUAUGAUGGGCUCAAUGGGUCCAAAUAUGGGCUCAAAUUCUUCUAUGGGUUCUAUGGGCGGCCCUAAUGCAAUGAAUUCAAUGGGCCCUAAUUCAAUGAACGGUGAUGGAUUAGACGUUAUGAAGAAUUCGCCAGCUACAGGUCCAACAACACCGCGAGACGAUUCUAGCAGUGGAAUGGGAGAUUUUAUAGGCAGCUUUGGUGGACCUGGUGAGAAUAAUAAUCCAGCAUCCUUAUUUUUCUAGUAAUUUACAAAAUCGUAUUUAUAAUAUUAAAAAGUAAUUUGAAUCACUUUAUUUCAUUAUUUUGCUCAUACAUACAUAUUGUACUUAUUUAAAAGCAAAAAAAAUCUUUUGAUUUUCUUUCGUUAGUAGGACCGAUUUUUUUUAACUUUUAAUUUAUAUGGAAUAUUUAUCUUUUAUUCGUUUACAACUGUCAAUUAUUUUUAAGCUAAUAAUACUUAUUAUAAUAUAAUUAACUAA